AUGCUGCUGCGAUGCAACCUCGGCAUGGGAUACGCAGCACAUUACGCAGAUGCAGCUGAAGACGCCACGACGAAUUGCAAAGGCCGACCGGGCGGCUGUCACGCCAUUCCUCGUAUUCUCUCAUCCUCUGACCAGAAUCUUGCGGCCGAGAGACCAGCUCUUAUGGCCUACGUCGUACUGCGCCAGCUCGCCAGCUCGCCGGGGGAACCCGAGACGUGCCUGCGGAUGGCGGAAAGUAUUAGGAAGCAAACACCACAGAAUCCAUGUCGUACCCAGCUCGACGCCCGGGAUCGUCAGGCGUUCAGGAUCUCCCCCGAGAGGAGACAUGCCCCCCGGGACUUUGACUAA